CCCUUCUGCUAUUUACUGUUUGGGACUAGAGGACAGAUUUCCUAAAUGGCUGAGGAAGUUUUAAUUCCAACGUCUGGGAAAACCACAUCGCAACUGACUGGCUCCUUGUUGGCGGUGGCGUUCCUUACCUCCUUUGGGAGCUCCAUGCUUUACGGCUACAACCUGGCUGUGGUCAACUCCCCUGCUGUGUACAUAAAGGACUUCUACAAUAAGACGGCACUGAGUCGUAAUGGAACAGGACUCACUGGGGAGACCCUAACCCUCAUGUACUCUCUCACCGUGUCUGUCUUCGCAAUUGGAGGUCUGCUGGGCUCCGUCGUCGUCGGCAUGCUGGUCUCUCGCUUCGGCAGGUAAGGAGAAGAUUCCAGAUUCUAGACCAGUUCUACACUAGUCAUGGUUUGUUUCCUUUAUUAUUAGAUUAUAAACUAAGCAAUACAAAAUUCAACACAUAGGGUAAUGAUAAUUAAAAAAAAGAGUACUCUCUUUGUCUUCUUAAAGCACAGGAGCCAUUCUAGUCCUCAGAGUAGAUUAUAUUGAGUGUGUUUGUGAGAGCCAUCGUGUGCGUGCUCAUGAGUUUCUGACGGGGGAUUUCCGGCAGUUCAGGGGGAGAGAAAAAGUCACAGAAUGCUUAAAAAAAAAUGGACGCCUGAGCUAUAGCCGUUCAAACUAAAUUGUCAUCACAA